AUGGGCCUAGUGAAGCUGCCAAGAAUAGCACAAUAUUGGAGAAGAGACUGGGUAAUGAGUGGACCACCUGUAUUUUGCAAGGAAAUCAUGAGCAGAGACAGAUUUUUCAGCAUUCUGAAAUUCUUGCGGUUUUCACCUCCAGAAAAUGUGAAGAAAGAUGACCCACGAACAAGAAUUGAACCCUUCCUCUCAUUGCUCCGCGAGAAGUGCAAGGCAGUAAUUUCACCAGGCAAGCACGUGGCUGUCGAUGAGGCUUUAGUAAUUUGGAAUGGAAGAUUAGGGUUCCGCCAAUACAUCAAAACCAAGAGAGCCAAGUAUGGAAUCAAAGUGUUUGUGUUGUGCCCCUGUGACCCUAAUUGGCAAGGAUAUUCUUGGAAUUAUGAAGUAUAUUAUGGAAAAAACUUGUAUCAAUUGGAUGAUCCAAGAGUAAACAGCCUCUCAAAAUUUGAAAAAAUUGUUGUCUCUCUGAUGAGGCAGCUGCUUGAUGAGGGACGCCACAUUGUCACGGACAAGUGGUAUACAAGCCUAAGGCUGGCACACUACCUAGAGGAGAGAAACACCACCAUUACUGGUGUAGUGCGAAACGGAAAAGGACCACCAAAAGAUAUCGUCCAAUUCCCCCUAGAAAAACGACAGUCCAUUUUUGCAAGAAAGAGGAAUGUUCUGGUUGUAAGGUGGGAAGACAAGGAAAACAUCACAGUCUUGACCACGAAGUACAAUGCUAGUAUGGUGGAAAAGGAGAGGGAGUAUUUUUCCAACCGGAUAGUGUUCCGAAACAAACCUCUUCACAUUGAAAGAUACAAUAAAAAAAUGGGAAGUAUUGAUAAGGCUGACCAGCAUCUUGAGCCAUGUGACAUAAAUUAUAAGAGCUUCAUUUGGUUCAAGAAACUUGGAAUGCAUUUCAUUUUCAGAAGUGCCCUAAAUGCAUAUGUUGCAUGGAAAAACACAUCCAACAAGAAAACUGGUUUCAUUGAAUUCCUGGAGUCUGUUGUGAAGGAUCUUCUGCGGGAGUAUGACCAAGGAUCCAACAAAUUUUUAAAAGAGCAGGAAUCUCUCGCCUCCGAUACUCACCAGUUUAUUAGGUGGGAAAAAAUUGGUAAGCGGAAAAAAUGUAGGGUGUGUUAUCCAAAAAGAAGAGACACUGUCUAUUUCUGCCCAGCUUGUCCUGGGGAACCUGGAUUGUGUUCUAUGACACACUACAAUCAGUAUCACGGAAUAAAGAGUACAUCAAGCAGCAAGAUGACAGAAGAAGGCUCAGAAGGUCCAACAGUGACAGCAGGCAGUGACAACCCUUCUGAGCACAAUGAUGAGCCAACUCCAAGCACCAGUGAUGAUAGAGGAGAUGGAAGCAAAAAGAGGUGUAAAAAAGCAAGAAAAAACAAAAAUGUAAAGAGGAGGAAGCAGUAUCCUGAUGAGAGUGGUUUAUAA